AUGAUGGGCUCCGUGCUCCCGGCUGAGGCCCUGGUGCUCAAGACAGGGCUGAAGGCGCCGGGGCUGGCGCUGGCAGAGGUCAUCACCUCCGACAUCCUGCACAGCUUCCUGUACGGCCGCUGGCGCAACGUGCUGGGCGAGCAGCUCUUCGAAGACAAGAGCCACCACGCCAGCCCCAAGACAGCCUUCACCGCCGAGGUCCUGGCGCAGUCCUUCUCGGGCGAGGUGCAGAAGCUGUCCAGCCUGGUGCUGCCGGCUGAGGUGAUCAUCGCGCAGAGCUCCAUCCCCGGCGAGGGCCUCGGCAUCUUCUCCAAGACGUGGAUCAAGGCGGGCACCGAGAUGGGCCCCUUCACCGGCCGCGUCAUCGCCCCGGAGCACGUGGACAUCUGCAAGAACAACAACCUCAUGUGGGAGGUGUUCAACGAGGAUGGCACGGUGCGCUACUUCAUCGACGCCAGCCAGGAGGACCACCGAAGCUGGAUGACCUACAUCAAAUGCGCACGUAAUGAACAGGAGCAGAACCUGGAGGUGGUCCAGAUUGGCACCAGCAUCUUCUACAAAGCCAUUGAGAUGAUCCCUCCAGACCAGGAGCUGCUGGUGUGGUAUGGAAACUCACACAACACCUUCCUGGGGAUCCCUGGUGUGCCCGGGCUGGAGGAGGAGCAGAAAAAGAACAAGCAUGAGGACUUCCACCCGGCGGACCCGGCGGCGGGCACCUCGGGCCGCAUGCGCUGCGUCAUCUGCCACCGCGGCUUCAACUCGCGCAGCAACCUGCGCUCGCACAUGCGCAUCCACACGCUGGACAAGCCCUUCGUGUGCCGCUUCUGCAACCGCCGCUUCAGCCAGUCGUCCACGCUGCGCAACCACGUGCGCCUGCACACGGGCGAGCGCCCCUACAAGUGCCAGGUGUGCCAGAGCGCCUACUCGCAGCUGGCCGGCCUGCGCGCCCACCAGAAGAGCGCGCGCCACCGGCCGCCCAGCGCCGCUCUGCAGGCCCACUCGCCCGCGCUGCCCGCGCCGCACGCGCACGCGCCCGCGCUCGCCGCCGCCGCCGCCGCCGCCGCCGCCGCCGCCGCCGCCGCGCACCACCUGCCGGCCAUGGUGCUGUGA